GGGCGGAAAAUUCUUUUGUUGGCAACAUAAUUAGCAAGAAAAUUUCCAAAAUUUCGAAGUUGAAGAAAAAGAUAUUGCCUUUUCCAUCUGGGUUCUCAAUUUCAUUUCUAUUUUAUCUUAUAAAUAACUCAUUCAUGUGGAAUUUAGCUCUAUGAAUGAAAGGGUGUUUGUAUUGUAAAGUUGAAGUCUCUGAAGUUGAGGAAUUGAAUAAUGGGUCGGUCUCGCGGAAAUUUCCAAGCUGAGGAGGAUCCCAGUCAAAGAUCAAGGAGAAGAAAGAAUGCCACUAACAGUGAACAUUUAGAAUCAGCAAAUGCAGGUCAAGGGACGGCUGAAGGGAAAAGAGCGUUAUACCACUGUAACUAUUGUAAAAAAGAUAUAACGGGGAGAACUCGUAUAAAAUGUGCUGCAUGUUCUGAUUUUGACCUAUGCAUAGAGUGCUUCUCAGUUGGUGCUGAGGUGUAUCCCCAUAAAAGCAAUCAUCCAUACAGGGUUAUGGAUGUUCUUUCUUUUCCACUUAUCUGUCCAGACUGGAAAGCUGAUGAAGAAAUGUUACUUCUAGAGGGGAUUGAAAUGUAUGGCAUGUGGAACUGGGCAGAAGUUGGAGAGCAUGUUGGGACAAAGACAAAGGAAGCGUGCAUUGAGCAUUUCAGAAAUGCAUAUCUAAACUCCCCAUACUUCCCUCUUCCAGAUAUGACACAUGUUGUGGCGAAAAAUAGAAAGGAACUCCUUGCAACGGCAAAAAGUGAAGAAAAGAGAGGAUUUUCUGCACUCGGAGAACUUACACCAAAGGAUGAAUCUCAAUUUUCCCCAUCAAGAGUCAAAAUUGAAGACCAACAUAUAAGUGGUCCUUCAGGUCGUCUGCCCUCUGCUGUAAAUGCAGGUACCACAGGUAAGAAAAAGGCAUCAAACAAGGUCCAGGUCAGGGAUCGACACGAUUCUAUGAAGCCAAAAGGAAAGAAUUUUGAUAACAAUAGAUCCAACUGUUCAAAGGAUGAAGGCCCUUCCCUGAUGGAACUAAGUGGAUAUAACCCAAAAAGACAAGAAUUUGACCCAGAAUACGAUAAUGAUGCUGAGCAUUUACUGGCUGAUAUGGAAUUUAAAGAAACUGACACUGAGGAGGAGCGUAAGUUGAAGUUGCGAGUACUGCAUAUAUAUUGGAAGAGGCUUGAUGAGCGAAAACGUAGGAAGGAUUUUAUUCUAGAUAGGAACUUGCUCCAUCAAGAUGCAUUUGAGAAGGACCUGUCUCAGGAAGAGAAGGUUUUGUGCAGACGUUAUGAUGUCUUCAUGCGUUUUCAUUCCAAAGAGGAGCAUGAAGAAUUACUAAAGGCAACUGUUGCAGAACAUAGAACUCUUAGAAGGAUUCAAGAACUUAAGGAAGCACAAGCUGCAGGGUGUCAUUUUUCAAAUGAUGCUGACAGAUACUUAGACUGGAAAAGAAAGAAGGAAACUGAACUGAAUGGUUGUGAUGAUGGAGGAAACAGUAUAGCUUUUCUUACUGGCCCUGUUGCUUCAGACUCCGCUGAUGCAUAUUCAAUCAAUUUGGACUUCGUAACAUUUUCUGAGGCAGAACUGCUCUCUGCAUCUGAGAAACGUCUAUGUGGUGAAUUGAGGCUGGCUCCUGCUCAGUAUCUGAAAAUGGUGGAGGUCAUGACGACACAGAUCUUCAGUGGAAAUAUUACCAAGAAAUCUGAUGCUUAUUCAUUAUUCCAAAUUGAACCAACGAAAGUUGAUAGAGUUUAUGAUAUGCUUGUGAAGAAGGGCAUUGCUGGUCCCUUGUGACCCCAGAACCAGAUUGUGAAGAUUCUGCACUUCCCAUAUUCACUCCAAACCCUCGUAAAAAAUAAAACAUACCUGUACAACGGUAUAACUGCCCAGGGGGUUAAGGGGAGGAAAUAAGACGUGGAAGGGUGUGUAUGCUGGGGAACUAAAGGGAUAGGGAUUGUGUACGACUUAACAUGACAAAGAUUUGUGAUUUAUUUCUUCUGUGCAGAGGAAGGAUUUGGUAAUUCCCUAGAUCUGAUGGGCUUGCGGGUCCAGUUAAGUUAGAACAAACUUUAUAACUAUUUUCCCUGCUUAUAAUUAGGGUAUCCACUUUGACAAUGCAGCAGCACUCGAGCUGGCUUCCUGGAGCUAUAGACAUGUACAAAAGCUGUCUUUUGGCUCAUGUUUAUAACAUUAUUAUUUUUUGAGGCUAUAAAUUUGAAUGUUUUCUAGCA